GAAGCGAAAGUGAGUGGAUCCAGAUUAAGGACGAAGCCGUGAUGGUGCAUGACCAGGCCGUCCGCGAGGAGCAGGAGACCACACCGUUUUUGGCCGAAGCCCAGAUCAUCGACUCCGAUGACAAGCCCCUGUCCAAGAAGCUGCGCGAGAUGGAGGAGGCGUUGGCCAAGUUGGCAGUCAGCAAGGAGAAGAAGACGCUGGCCUUUGCUGAUGAGGCCGAGGUCAUUGAGAUCAGCCCCCGCAAGCGCGUGGACAAGGAGAAGGCUACCGCCUCAACCACGGGUGCCUUUGGCCCUGAGGUAGAGGCUGCCUCGACCACGGGUGCCUUUGGCCCCGAGGGAGAGGGCCAUGUUGCGCCCAUCGAGUUUGUGCGCCAGGACACCGGCCUCUACUCCAUCAAGGGCUUCCCAGAGGCCCUGCCGCACGUGGACGAGACCACCAAGAAGCUCGCCAGAGGCGUCACCAACGAUGAUGCCGCAACCCUGGUCCUCCGCUGGAAGAAUGCGAGCUGGACGCAGGCGUCGCUGCAGAGGGUGCUUGAGAGGGAGGCAGAGCACGAGGAUCUGUUGAGAGUAAAGUACUCCAGGCAGGGCAGGGGGGUUGGCUCUGACAUGGGCCAGUUGACCCCUGGGCAGCAGAACUAUGAAUUGAUGUGCCCGAACUGCUUCCAGAAGUGGACGAACCCGAAGGUGGACGCGACAUGCCUGCUGUGCAAGAGGCAGGUCAUCGCAGUGGAGAGGCCGUGGACAAAGGACGACUACCCCAAGGAGCAGAUGGGGGUGGACCUUGGCAACUCUGCGGAGAACCCAACCUCCACCUCGGAUGGCUCGGAGCAGUGCUUUGCUGAUCAGGUGCCUUUGGCCCUGAGAGUCAGCUUAAAGCACGAGGUGUCCAAGCAGCCGUUUGACGAGCUCCAGUUUAUGGGGAAAGAGGAAGGCGAGAGGCCCUGGAAAAUGUCCGACAACAUCCAGGGCCAGGAGCAGAAGGUUUUCCAUCCCAAGCUCGUCAAGGCCACGAAGUUGCAGGCGCAAAUGUGUGAAGUGGAAGGGAAAGCACGCAGACCGACCGAAGCAGAGGCGGAGGCCGUGAUUGACCCUCAGAUUGCCGUCCUCCAUGAGCUCCAGACCGGGGCAUUGUCGGUUGAUGAUGACAAGGCCAAGUCCGCCCAGGGUCCCGGCGGCAACUUGGAUACGCUGUUGGACGCGCAGACCGAGUUAGACAAGGCCAAGGCCCAGAACAAGCGUUGCCAGGAGGCCAUUGCGUCUGGCUGCUUCAUCCCGGAGUCCCCCCUGCAGGUCAUGGACGCCGCUGAGCUGGACAUGAUGCAGGAGAGCUAUGGCCCCCUUUCCCGCUGCCUUCGUGUGCGGCCCUUGGGGGGCGACACGGGUGCCUUUAAACCCGAGGGACCCCCUGAGUUCAAGCCUACGGGGCUCGAGGUGGGGUGCUGGUUGCCGCUGGCCGAGAUCAUGCUGCUGGAGAUGAAGACGCGCCCCAGCACGUACCGCAAGUCGUUCUUUGAGCCGGUGGCGCGAGGACGAGAUCCGAUUCAGCAGGGCGUGCGCCCGGACUUUGGCUCCAUUCGUGGGGCUUUCUUUGCAGAGGGCGAUGAUGCCUACCACUGGGUCAGGGAGGUGCUGGCUGCCGCCAUUUGUACCCGUAUGGAGUCCAGAAGGACGGACUUCCUCACACUCAACGCUGCCCCGGCCUCGAAAAAAGGCUGGGUGGAGGGUGCUGCCGGGAGGCUCAGGGCAAUCUGCGAUGAGCGCAUCACCUUGCCGCUCUCUGCCUUCGAGUCCUUCCCGGACGUGUACCAGUCCCUUGCGGCCAGGCUGGGCCCUGACACGCGAGAAGCUGGGCAACUCCGCCCUGGCGAUCGAGAGCAUGAUGUCCGAGCCAUGCCCGAGAUCACUGUUCACAAUGUCGAGUCCGUAGCCUCCACGGAAGGCAAGAAGAAGGUGUUCGGGGACAAAUCCAAGCACAUGUUCUGGGCCAAGAUGGAGUGCGGCUUGGUUUUGUCAAGCCUGGGAGAUCGUCAGCAAACAGAAGGGCGAGACGAGGGGCGUUUCUGGCGCUCAAAUCGUGGAGCCACGCGCUUUGUCCAGAUCACGGGCGAGCACAAGGGCAAGUCCGCCCAGCUCCAGUUGAUCCUGGAUGAGCCCCCAGAGUCGCUCUACAACGCCUGGGUCAAAGAUCAAAUGGAGUUCUACAAGAGGGUGGAGCUUGUGGCGCCGCCGCGUGACAACUCGCUCCUCCUCGACCCCCAGACCCGCGCGCAGAUGCGCUUCUCCAACAAUGGGCUGGGGGAGGUCAGCAAGGCCUUGUGGGCCGUCAUCAUCCCGCUCAAGCGGAGUAGGCUCAUACAGGUGAGGCAGUAA